AUGAAGCAUGUUGCCUCCUCCUCUGCUCGCCUCUGGACAUCCCUCCCUCGAAACGUCCAAGCGCUCUCGCUCCUGCAGGUCCAAUGUUGUCAUAGCAGACCACGGGCAUGUCGAGCUCAACCCUUCAGCACAACUUCCUCUUGUGCACAAAAGAACAACCGCAUAUUCACCCCCUUUCGGACGCCGCCGCAAUUCCACGACGCUCUGCGCCUCAUCUCCGCGAACAACACGCUCCUACUGGCCCUCUUUACCACCUCCACCUGCACGCCCUGUCGCACCAUCACGCCCCUGUUGACGUCGCUGGUCGAAACCCGCCCGCUCUCGCCGGAAGACAGGUACUCCGCGCUCGCGUUCGCAGAGGUCGAACUGGACUCUCCGGACACGAGCAACGGCAACAUGAUGGACUUGGGCGUGGAAUACGGUGUCAGGAGCAUGCCCACGCUGAUAGGGUUCGGCGGGCGCAGGGCCGAAAGAGUCACGGACCGGCUGGUUGACACGAGGAUGAUGGGCGAUCAGAAGGCGAUGGCCCAGUGGAUCGACCAGGAGAUGAAGAAAGGGGACCCGUUCCCGAGCUCUAACAAUCAAAGCGGCGGAGGAGGUGGUGGUGGUGGAGGGCUUCUCGGAAGGAUUUUCGGGUCCUGA